GCGGGAGGGCGGAGAGGCAUUUUUACGGGAGCAGCAGGCCCGGCGAGGGUUUCCGGGAGGUCGGCCGCGCGCAUGGCAGAGAGCUUGAGCGAAGAGGGUGACGGGACGACGGACAAGAUGGGCAAGGAUGACGACGUCUCCCGCGCCGUCGUGGAGGACGACACCGCGCUCCUCCUCGCGGCGGUGGACAGCAUCAAGAAGGCGGCGCUGGGUCGGCUGCGCAACGGCUCCGACGCCGCCAGGAUCCUCGACCAGGAGAUGUCCAACAGGCUCCUCCACCUCGCCUGCAGGCACGACGUCGCCGAGUGCGCCAGGCUCCUCCUCGACGGUGAGUACGGGAUCACGCCGGCCUCCGUCGACGCCAGGGACCAGCUCACGCGUACACCGCUCCACGUCGCCGCCGAGGGGCACUCCAAGAGGUGCCUCCAGCUGCUCCUCUCCAGGAACGCCCGGACGGACGUCAGGCUGCUCGACGGCACACGCCUAGUCGCGCUCGAGGUCGCGCUCAUGAGCAGAAGGGUUCAAGUUGAUUGGUCACCGGACAACUCGGUCGAGGAUCUUCUGGUUUAUCUGCAACAAAAGGAUCUGAACGCGGUGAGGCUUCUGGCAGAGAAGACCAGGGAGGUUGGGGAGGUGGCUUACAGAUACGCCAUGGAGGGGCGUGUCGCUGCACUUGCAAUGCUGCUCCUGGUGGCUGAGGAAAGGAUAUCGGCGAUGGUGAGCGUGGUGAUUGAUGGCGUCAGGACCAAGAGAUCAAUUUACAACUCUGUUGUGGAUGAGGUUCUGUCGAUUGGAGAGGCUUCAGCUAGAGACGGCAAUGAAAUGAGGAGGAAAGCCUUGCUCUGUGAGAUUCAGCUGCUUAACCAAUUUGGGGCCACGUCGUGGAGGGACCAAAAAGUUGACAGGAGAAGCUUGCCCCCUCUACUUAGGGCUGCAAAGGCCGGAGAUAUGAAUGUCACAAAGAUGCUUCUGAUGGGGGAUGUUGAUGUCAAUGAAACCGACCCCAAAGGAAACACGGCACUUCACUCUUUCCUCAGUAGUAGCUCAAGCACACAGGAGCCAAGGAUUGAGUGGCUCCUGCUGAAGAAUGGUGCCAGAGUUUUCCAGGGGAACAAACUAGGUCUCACACCAGUGCACAGUACUGCAGCUAAGGAUAAUUACAAGGCUCUUCAGUCACUUCUGCUUCAUGCACAAGAUUGCGUUGAUAUACCUUCCAAGACCAAAGAAACCCCAUUAUUCCUUGCAGCGAAAAAUGGUUCUUUGAGCUGUGUACGACUUCUUUUGCGUUAUGGGGCUAACCCCAAAGCCCAGAACCUACGAAAGCAAAGACCAAUAGACGUGGCGACAUCCCAGGACAUGCGGUUUCUUCUCAACUCCGCAAAUGUUGUACCAAUGAACCAUGGCUCAAUGGAAAAGAACCAUGCAAUGAAAAAAGAAAGGCACAAAGAGCUUCUGGAUGAUGAUUUCGAUGAUUAUGACAACGACGAUUAUUAUGAAAGCUAUGUUGUGCCAAAGGCGUCAGUAGGUCACGGGGAUUUUCGUUCCAGCAAUUUAUCUGCCCAAGGGGCUAAAAGUAAGAGCCACAGUGCCCCGAAAGAAGGUCCCAAAUUAUCUCAGCAUAAUGAUCAUUGGGAGAAGCAUGACUACACUCGCAAAAUCUUUGUUGGGGGUCUCCCGCUUACGGUAGACGAUGUGUACCUUAGCAGAUUCUUCAGUACUGAAUUCGGACCUGUGGAGGAAGCAAUGGUUAUUACUUUAAAAAUAGACAACAGAUACGCCAUGGAGGGUCAUGUCGCUACACUCGCAAUGCUCCUGGUGGCUGAGGACAGGAUAUCGGCGACGGUGAUAGACGGCGUCAGGACAAAGAGAUCAAUUUACAACUCUGUUGUGGAUGAGGUCCUGUCGAUUGGAGAGGCUUCAGCUAGAAAUGGCAAUGAAAUGAGGAAAGUCUUGCUCUGUGAGAUUCAGCUGCUUAACCAAUUUGGGGCCACGUCGUGGAGGGACCGAAAAGUUGACAGGAGAAGCUUGCCCCCUCUACUUUGGGGUGCAAAGGCCGGAGAUAUGAAUGUCACAAAGAUGCUUCUGAUGGGGGAUGUUGAUGUCAAUGAAACCGACCCGGAAGGAAAGACAGCACUUCACUGCUGCCUCAGUAGUAGCUCAAGCACACAAGAGCCAAGGACUGAGUGGCUCCUGCCGAAGAAUGGAGCCAGAGUUUUCCAGGGGAACAAACUAGGUCUCACACCAGUGCACAGCGAUGCAGCUAAGAUCAAUUACAAGGCUGUUCAGAGUUCAAGUGAGGAGGCCGGUUGGACGAACGAGAUGAGUAAAGACAACGACGUCCCCCGCACCGUCGUGGAGGACGACACCGGCCUUCUCCUCUGGGCAGGGGACAUCUCCAGGAAGUUGGCCUCUUCCUUGACCUACUCCGGACUGGCAGUAAUUUUUCUGCUACUUCUGCUACUGUCUUUCUCGCAAGCAUCUGCGACAUGUGACAGGGAAGGUGCUUGGAAAAUAGCAGUGAAUUGUCUCGACACCAGCCAACCGUCUUCACCAACGACUACCGGCGAGCUGCCGCCGCCUCCACCAGAAGCAGGUCUCGAGGCUCCACCUCCACCGGCAGCAAAUCUUGAGGUGCCACCGCCGCCGCCUCCAGCCGGGGCCGCCAUCCCCCCGCCUUCACCAGCGACUAUGGUCGAGUCGCCGGCGCCUCCAGCAGGAGCCGCCGUGGUGGUGCCAGCGCAUCCAGCCGGGACAGCGGCGGUGCUGCCGUCGCCUGAAGCCGGGGUUAUCGCGUCGGGGGACACCAAAGAGGACCGCAUCUACAAGUGGCUUUUCGUUGGUUUAUUGCUCGCCCUCCUAUUCUCUCUUCUGUUAGCACUGGUUAUUAUGAUAGGAGGGCCGUGCACAUUCCGGCUGCGCAUCUCUCUAAUAUGUUGUUUGUGCUCACUGGAACGAAGCUCCCCAAGCUCUGCUGUGCCUGUAAUCCCCGGGGACGUCGAGCAAUCGGGCCGCGAGCCGGGGCAGCGGCUGAACGGAGCGGUGCCGAGCUGGAAGAGCAGCUGCACGACAGACGCGUGAAUGGAGGGAGCUCAGCGCGAGGGAGCCUGUCCGAUGAGAUUAGCUUGCUAAAAAUGCUGUUAAUUCGGUUUAAUUUGUUUUUCCUUUUGAGAGAAUUCGGCUCAACUUGUUUGAGUUCAGUUUAAUUUCGUGAUGGAUUUUCCGUGGAGUAAAUUGUAGGAGUACAUCUCAUUCUGUAUUCACUGGCAGAUCUCCAAUAUUUCUGUCACACAACAACCAAAUGAUGCAAGUUUUGCAG